AUGUUGACUAAAGCUGGAAUGCUGACCGUCUGCAGACGUAUAAAGACACUGCUAGAGUGUGUUCGGGAAAUAAAUAUGAGUCAUCUGCUUCAUAGUGUGCGGAUUGAAGCACUCGUAGAAUUUGAAAAAUACUACUUUUGGAAUGCAUGCAAAGAAACAGGAGACGCUGGAUUCUGA